AUGCUCUCUCCAACCGUCAUCUUUGGAAUAGCGUUGAUCGCCGUAGCCUCCGCCUUUCCCCAACCGAACGCCGGCACAAUUGCCGCACGAGCAGGCGGUCCAGCCAUCGUGCCCGUCCCCAGCAGCUGUAGUGUGAAUAGCCCGCUGCCCACUCCGGCAGACAGCUCCUACCUUCCCGCGCCUGCAACAGACGGCGAUAUACUAUACAGCGCCUUCUACCCGUCCUACACGACGAACAAGACCGAAAUGGCCGAGAACUGCUUAUUCCAAUGCUACGGCUACGGCAACCACACUGAAUGCAAGACUGCCUACUGGGCGGAAAAUGUUCCUACGCCAUCGGGAUACUAUGGUACACCUGGCGGAGACUUGUCCACGGCUUGUAUCUUCUUCACGAGACCGCUUUCAGCGAGCGAUUUUGUGGUUGCACCGGUGGGUCAGGCCACGGAUGCUUAUGCGGGUAACAUUGCGUGUUGA